GUGUGGGCCACACACGUCACCCGGAGCCACCAAAGCCCCUCGCUCUCACCCAGUGCUGCUCAGGAGGGAAGACUGGAGAGCCUUUGCUCCAAAGGAUAUUUACUGGAUGUCGCUGGUCUGAAGAAACAGAGAGAAAAAGCCCACGAGAGCUUAAAAAAAAAAACAACCCCAGAGCAUCUCUGUAGGCUGAUGCUGGGAAGAAAGAAAUUGCCUCAUUAACCUAAGUGAGUGGGGGAGAGACAGAAGCAAACCCUCAGAAUGGAGGAAGAAGAAUAUGAGGAAGUUGUGGAGUACUACAUUGAGGAGACAAUUAUUGAGGAGGGUGAGCCACACGAGGUGGUCACUGAGAUCACUGAGACCAUCAGCACAGACUACUCAAUCCCUGAGACCACCACAACCACCACCUACACAACUGAGCACACCCAGCCCUCCGGGGAGGAUGCAGCUCCUCCCAUCAGGAAGAAGACAAUCCGGACAAAAGUGGACCCAUCCAAGUUUCUGACACCUUACCUGGAACACAGCAAUAAAAUGAAGGACUUAUUCAGUGAGAACAAGUACAAGGAAAAAUUUAGAAAAGAAAAAGGAAAGCCGUAUGCUUCCACAAUCGAUACCCCAGAAAUCCGGAGGAUCAAGAAAGUGCAGGACCAGCUCAGUGAGGUUAAAUACCGCAUGGCUGGGGAAGUUGCCAGAACCAUUUGCCACGUGGAUGAAAAGGCCAUGGAUAUAGAACAUGCAAAGAAAGUGUCACAGCAAGUGAGCAAGGUAUUAUAUAAACAGAACUGGGAGGAGAAUAAGGACAAGUACCUGCUUCCCCCUGAUGCUCCAGAGCUUGUGAAUGCAAUAAAAAACACAGCAAUGUUCAGCAAGAAACUGUAUACUGAAGACUGGGAUGCAGACAAAACAUUGUUUUAUCCCUACAAUGACAGUCCAGAGCUCAGAAGGGUGGCACAGGCUCAGAAGACUCUGAGUGAUAUUGUCUACAAAAAGGGGCACGAUGAAAGGAAAGCAAAAUUCACCUCUCUGCCAGACCCCCCUGAUUUGGAACAAGCCAAGAAGGUGACACGGCAGCUGAGUGAUGUUAUUUACCAUGAGGACUAUAAAAACAAAGUCAAAGGCAAGUGGAGUCAGACUCCGUGCUAUGAUGUGGCAGUUGCAAAAAUGAAUGCAGAAAAUCUAAGUAUGAGGAAAUACCAGGAAGACUUUGAAAACAUGAAAGACCAAAUCUACUUCAUGCAGACUGAAACUCCAGAAUAUGAAGCCAACAAACGAGCUUCAGAAAACGUCAGCAAGUUCAAAUACAAAGCAGACUAUGAAAAGAAGAAAGCUAUUGCAGAUUAUAAUGUGCUCCCUGCUACAGAGAACCCAUUGCUGAAGCAAUUAAAAACUGCAGGAAAUAUUCUGAGUGAUAAAUUAUACAAAGAAGCCUAUGAACAGUCCAGAGGAAACAAGAUGAAUUACUGUGAGACACCCAAGUUCCAGACUGAUGCUGCUCUGAAGAACUUUAGUGAUGUUAAAUAUAAAGAUGCAUAUCAGAAGAAUAUUUUGGGGCACUACUUGGGCAGCUUUGAGGACCCACAUCAAAUCCACUGCAUGAAGGUUGAAGCUAUGAAAAGUGAUAAAAAUUACAAAGCAGAUUAUGAGGAGGAAAAGACAAAGUGCUACUUCCCUCAGACCAUAACUCAAGAGUAUGAAGCAAUCAAGAAGUUGGAGCAAUGUAAAGAUUACACCUACAAAAAAAAGCAUCCUGAUCAAACCAAAUUCACUUCAGUGACUGACUCUCCAGUACAGAAGCAAGCAGAGAUCAACAGCAAACAGCUGAGUGAUAUAUUGUAUAAAUCCAAAGGGGAAGAAAUUAUCCACAAGUACCACCUCCCUCCUGAUGUGCCCCAGUUCAUCCAGGCUAGAGUUAAUGCCUACAACAUCAGUGAUGCUAACUACAAAGCAGACUGGAAGAAAACCCUUGCCAAAGGCUAUGAUCUGAAACCAGAUGCCAUUCCAAUUAUUGCUGCUAAAGCUUCUCGGAAUAUUGCAAGUGAUUACAAGUACAAGGAAUCCUACGAGAAAGACAAAGGCAAACAGGUCGGGUUCCGGAGCCUGCAGGAUGAUCCCAAACUUGUUCACUACAUGAACGUGGCCAAAAUCCAAUCGGAUCGGGAAUACAAGAAGGAUUAUGAAGUCACCAAGACCAAAUAUCACUCUCCUCUGGAUAUGUUCAGCGUGACAGCUGCCAAGAAAGCCCAGGAAGUGGUGACAAACACUGGCUAUAAGCAGCCAAUUCACAAUUACACCCUCCUGCCUGAUUCUGUGAACCUGGAGCUCUCCAAAAAUGUGAUGCAGCUUCAGAGUGAUAAUCUGUACAAAUCUGACUUCAAUAACUGGCUGAGAGGAGUUGGCUGGGUCCCAAUUCAGUCACUGGAUGUAGAAAAGGCCAAGAAAGCCACGGAGAUUCUCAGUGAGAAGAAAUACCGCCAGCAUCCCGACCAGCUCAAGUUCUCCAUCCCCAUGGAUGCCAUGGAACAAGUGCUGGCAAAGCAAAAUGCCAAGACCAUGAACAAGAGGCUGUACACAGAUAAGUGGAACCAAGAGAAGACCAGCAUUCAUGUGAUGCCAGACACCCCAGAAAUCCUGCAGUGCAAAGUGAACCAGAUGACCAUGAGUGAUAAACUUUACAAAGCUGGAUGGGAGGAGGACAAGAAGAAGGGUUAUGACUUGCAGCCAGAUGCAAUUCCCAUAAAAGCAGCCAAGAGCUCCAGGGACAUCGCGAGCGAUUAUAAAUACAAACUGGCCUACGAGAAGGCCAAAGGGAAGCACAUCGGCUUCCGCAGCCUGGAGGACGACCCCAAGCUGGUCCACUUCAUGCAGGUGGCCAAGAUGCAAUCUGACAGAGAGUACAAAAAGGGUUAUGAGAAGGCCAAGACUAACUUCCACACUCCAGUUGACAUGGUCAGUGUGGUGGCAGCUAAGAAAGCUCAGGAAGUGGCUACAAAUGCAAACUACAAGAACUUAAUCCACACCUACAACGUCCUGCCAGAUGCUAUGAGCAUUGAAUUGGCCAAAAACAUGAUGCAGUUACAAAGUGAUAAUCAAUACAAAGCAGAGUAUGAUGAAACUAUGAAGGGUGUUGGGUGGCUCCCACUGGGCUCCCUGGAAGCUGAGAAGAACAAAAAAGCCAUGGAAAUUUUGAGUGAGAAGAAAUAUCGCCAGCAUCCAGACAAGUUGAAGUACUCUGUUCCUAUGGAUUCCAUGAACAUGGUCUUGGCUUUAAAUAAUGCCAAAAUCAUGGAUGAGCACAAAUACAAACAAGCCUGGGAAGAAGACAAAAAGAAAAUUCACAUCACCCCAGAUAUUCCACAGAUUGCUUUAGCAAAAGCAAAUGCAUUCAAUUUAAGUGAAAAAAUGUACAGAUCUUCAUUUGAAGAAACCAGGAAGAAAGGAUAUGAUCUCAGGGCUGAUGCUAUUCCUGUCAAAGCUGCCAAAGCUUCCAGGGAUAUUGCCAGUGAUUAUAAAUACAAAUUAGGGUAUGAACAAGACAAGGGGAAACUCGUCGGCUUCCGCAGCCUCCAGGAUGAUCCCAAACUUGUCCAUUGCAUGCAAGUGGCCAAGAUGCAGUCGGACAGGGAGUACAAGAAGGCCUAUGAGGCGAGCAAGACUCAUUACCAGACACCUUCUGAUGCCCUCAGCGUGGUGGCAGCCAAGGAGGCCCAGGACCGUGUCACCAACACCAACUACAAGCGCCUGAUCCACCAGUACAUGCUCCUGCCAGAUGCAAUGAGUCUGGAGCUGUACAGAAACAUGAAUCAGAUCCAAAGUGAUAAUGAGUACAAGCAGGAUUACAAGGAGUGGUUCAGGGGGAUUGGUUGGAGUCCCAUUGGUUCUCUGGAUGUGGAGAAAUCGAAGAAGGCCACGGAGAUUGCGAGCGAUCGGAAGUACCGCCAGCACCCCAGCAUGUUCCCCUUCACCAAACAGAACGAUGCCAUGGACCUGGUCCUUGCAAAGCAGAAUGCAAAUAUCAUGAACAAACAUGCUUACACCGAAGCCUGGGAGAAGGAUAAAACUCAGGUCCAUGUGAUGCCAGACACACCAGAUAUUCUACAGGCCAAACAGAACAAGACAAACUACAGCCAGAAACUCUACAAGCUUGGCUGGGAGGAAAUGAUAAAGAAAGGCUAUGACCUCACACCUGAAGCCAUGUCAGUGAAAGCUGCCAAAGCUUCAAGGGACAUUGCAAGUGAUUUCAAGUACAAAGAAGGAUACCGCAAGCAGCAGGGACAUCACAUCGGAUUCCGCAGCCUGCAGGAUGACCCCAAGAUGUUGUGGUCCAUGCAAGUAGCUAAAAUGCAGAGUGAGAGGGAGUACAAGAAAGACUUUGAAAAGUGGAAGACCAAGUUUAAUAUGCCUGUGGACAUGCUGGGCUUCCUUCUGGCCAAGAAGUGUCAGGAGCUGGUCAGUGAUGUGGACUACAAACGAAUUCUGCACCGCUGGACUUGUCUGCCAGACCAGGUCGAUGUCACCGAGGCAAAGAGGGUCAACGAGCUGCAGAGUGAUAACCUGUAUAAGUCGGAUCUGCAGUGGCUCAGAGGCAUUGGAUGGAGUCCUUUGGGAUCUCUGGAAGCUGAAAAGAACAAGAAAGCUUCUGAAAUACUGAGUGACAAGAAGUACCGGCAGCACCCAGACACGAUUAAGUUCACAAGUAUCCCAGAUGCCAUGGAUGUUGUUUUGGCAAAAUCUAAUGCCAAAAAUAGGAGUGAUAUACUCUACAAGGAAGCUUGGAACAAGGACAAGACUAAGGUUCACAUCAUGCCUGAUACACCUGAAAUUUUGUUGGCUAAAUCAAACUUGAUUAACACAAGUGAUAAACGUUACAAGGUAGGAUAUGAAGAGCUGAAGAAGAAAGGCUACGACCUCCCUCCUGAUGCCAUCCCUCUCCAGGCAGCCAAGGCAUCUCGAGACAUAGCCAGCGAGUACAAAUACAAAACUGCAUACAGAAAACAGCUGGGCCACCACAUUGGGGCCAGGAACAUCGAGGACGACCCCAAGAUGAUGUGGUCAAUGCACGUGGCCAAGAUCCAGAGUGACAGGGAGUACAAGAAAGCCUUUGAGAAGUCCAAGACCAACUUCAGCAGCCCUGUGGACAUGCUGGGCAUUGUGUUGGCCAAGAAAUGCCAGGAGCUGGUGAGCGAUGCCGAUUACCGGCACCCUCUGCACCGCUGGACCUGCCUGCCAGACCAGAACGAUGUUGUCCAUGCCAAGACAGUGUAUGACCUUCAGAGUGAUAACGUGUACAAGUCUGACCUGCAGUGGCUGAGGGGCAUUGGCUGGUCCCCACUUGGAUCAUUGGAUGCUGAGAAGAACAAGAGGGCGAGCGAGAUCCUGAGUGACAAGAAGUAUCGUCAGCACCCAGACACCAUCAAAUUCACCAGCCUUCCUGACUCCAUGCCCAUGGUGCUGGCAAAGCACAACUCCCAAAUCAUGGACCAACGCUCGUACAUCUCAGCCUGGGAGAAGGACAAAACCAGCAUUCACAUCAUGCCAGACACCCCUGGGAUCCUGCUGGCCCAGCAGAACAAAGUGAACUUCAGCGAGAAACUGUACAAGCAGGCGAUGGAGGAGGAGAAGAAGAAGGGCUACGACAUGCGGGCAGAUGCCAUUCCCAUCAAGUCUGCCAAAGCUUCCCGGGACAUCGCCAGUGAUUACAAGUACAAGGAAGGGUAUCGCAAGCAGCUGGGCCACCACAUUGGGGCCAGGAACAUUGAGGAUGACCCCAAGAUGAUGUGGUCAAUGCAUGUGGCCAAGAUCCAGAGUGACAGGGAGUACAAGAAAGCCUUUGAGAAGUCCAAGACCAACUUCAGCAGCCCUGUGGACAUGCUGGGAGUGGUGUUGGCCAAGAAAUGCCAGGAACUGGUCAGUGACAUCGACUACCGUCACUACCUCCAUGAAUGGACCUGCCUGCCAGACCAGAAUGAUGUGAUCCAUGCUAAGCAAGCCUAUGACCUCCAGAGUGAUAACUGCUACAAGUCUGACCUUGAGUGGCUGCGGGGCAUUGGCUGGGUCCCAAUUGGGUCCUUGGAAGUUGAGAAGGCCAAGAAGGCAGGGGAGAUCCUGAGUGAUAAAAUUUACCGCCAGCAUCCGGACACCAUCAAGUUCACCAGCAUCCCAGAUUCUCUCCCAAUGGUGUUGGCCAAGCAGAACGCUGACACCAUGAACAAGCGUUUGUACACUGAGGCCUGGGAUAAAGACAAGACACAAAUCCACAUCAUGCCUGACACACCUGAAAUCACACUGGCAAGAGAGAACAAGAAAAACUACAGUCUGAAACAAUACAGGCAGGCCAUGGAAGAUUCAAAGAAGAAAGGCUAUGAUUUGAGAGCUGAUGCCAUCCCCAUCCAAGCAGCCAAAGCAUCCAGGCAAAUUGCCAGUGAUUACAAGUACAAGGAAGGGUAUCGGAAGCAGCUGGGCCACCACAUUGGGGCCAGGAACAUCGAGGAUGACCCCAAGAUGAUGUGGUCAAUGCACGUGGCCAAGAUCCAGAGUGACAGGGAGUACAAGAAGGACUUUGAGAAGUCCAAGACAAGGUUCAGCAGCCCCGUGGACAUGCUGGGAAUUGUGUUGGCCAAGAAGUGCCAAGGGCUGGUCAGUGACGUUGACUACCGGCACUACCUGCACCAGUGGAUCUGUCUGCCCGACCAGAACGACGUGAUCCACGCCAAGCAGGCCUAUGACCUCCAGAGUGAUAACUGCUACAAAUCUGACCUGGAAUGGCUGCGGGGCAUUGGCUGGGUCCCAAUUGGUUCCUUGGAAGUUGAGAAAGCCAAGAGAGCAGGAGAGAUCCUGAGUGAUAAAAUUUACCGCCAGCGUCCGGACACCAUCAAGUUCACCAGUGUCACGGAUUCCCUGGAGAUGGUGUUGGCCAAGCAGAACGCAGACACCAUGAACAAGCGUUUGUACACUGAAGCGUGGAACAAAGACAAGACCACGAUUCAUGUCAUGCCUGACACCCCAGAAAUCCUGCUGGCCAAACAGAACCGAGUGAACUACAGUGAGAAAAUGUACAAACUGGCCUUGGAGGAGUCAAAGAAGAAGGGCUAUGAUUUGCGUUUUGAUGCCAUUCCCAUCCAGUCUGCCAAAGCCUCCAGGGAGAUUGCCAGUGAGUACAAGUACAAGGAAGGGUAUCGGAAGCAGCUGGGCCACCACAUUGGGGCCAGGAACAUCGAGGAUGACCCCAAGAUGAUGUGGUCAAUGCACGUGGCCAAGAUCCAGAGUGACAGGGAGUACAAGAAAGACUUUGAGAAGUCCAAGACAAGGUUCAGCAGCCCUGUGGACAUGCUGGGAAUUGUGUUGGCCAAGAAGUGCCAAGGGUUGGUCAGUGACGUUGACUACCGUCACUACCUGCACCAGUGGAUCUGUCUGCCCGACCAGAACGACGUGAUCCACGCCAAGCAGGCCUACGACCUCCAGAGUGAUGCUGUUUACAAAUCAGACCUGGAAUGGCUGAGAGGCAUUGGAUGGGUUCCUAUUGGUUCCUUGGAAGUUGAGAAAGCCAAGAAAGCUGGAGAAAUCCUCAGUGACAGGAAGUAUCGGCAGCCUGCAGACAAAAUCAAAUUUACCAGUGUGACCGAUUCCUUGGCCAUGGUCUUAGCCAAGCAAAAUGCUGAGAUCAUGAACAAGCGCUUGUACACGGAAGCCUGGGAUGCAGACAAGAAGUCCAUCCAUGUCAUGCCUGACACACCAGACAUUCUGUUAGCAAAGGCCAACGCAGCCAACGUUAGCAAUAAACUUUAUGUACAAGCGUGGGAAGAGGCCAAAAAGAAGGGUUAUGACAUGAGAGCUGAUGCAAUUCCAAUCAAAACUGCAAAAGCAUCAAGAGAUAUCGCGAGUGAUUACAAGUACAAAGAAACCCACGAGAAGGAGAAAGGCCACUACAUCGGGUGCCCCAGUGCCAAGGAGGACCCCAGGCUGGCGCAGGCCGCGCGCGCCAUGGCCCUCCAGAACGACCGCCUCUACAAGAAGGCCUACAACGAUUCCAAGACCCAGAUCCACAUCCCUGUGGAUGCCCUGUCGGUGCAGGCAGCCAAGGAGUGCCAGACCCUGGUCAGUGACAUUGACUACAGGCAGUACCUGCACCAGUGGACCUGCCUUCCUGACCAGAACGACGUGAUCCAUGCCCGGCAGGCCUAUGACCUCCAGAGCGAUAACGUGUACAAGUCCGACCUGGAAUGGCUGCGAGGCAUUGGCUGGCUGACAGAAGGGUCUGUGGAUGUGGUCAAAGCCAAGAAGGCCCAGGAGCUCCUCAACGAGCGCCUGUACCGCACGCGGCCGGAGCAGCUGAAGUUCACCAGCAUCACCGACUCCCCAGACGUUGUCCUGGCCAAGACCAAUGCCAUGCAGCUCAGUGAUCGUCUGUAUCGUGAGGCCUGGGAUAAAGACAAGACCCAGAUUUCCCUCCCUUCAGACACUCCUGUCAUGCUGCAGUCCAAAGUCAAUGCUCUCAACAUCAGCAAUAAACAUUAUCAGAAAGCCUGGGAUGAGGUCAAGGCAAAAAGCUACGACCUAAGAGCUGAUGCCAUUCCCAUCAAACAAGCCAAGGCCUCCAGAGACAUUGCCAGUGAGUACAAGUACAAAGAAACCCACGAGAAGGAGAAAGGCCACUACAUCGGGUGCCCCAGUGCCAAGGAGGACCCCAGGCUGGCGCAGGCCGCGCGCGCCAUGGCCCUCCAGAACGACCGCCUCUACAAGAAGGCCUACAACGAUUCCAAGACCCAGAUCCACAUCCCUGUGGAUGCCCUGUCGGUGCAGGCAGCCAAGGAGUGCCAGACCCUGGUCAGUGACAUUGACUACAGGCAGUACCUGCACCAGUGGACCUGCCUUCCUGACCAGAACGACGUGAUCCAUGCCCGGCAGGCCUACGACCUCCAGAGCGAUGCUGUGUACAGGUCAGACCUGGAGUGGCUCCGUGGAAUUGGGUGGUUGCCCAAUGACUCUCCAGAAAUUAAGAGGGUGAAGAAUGCCCAGGAUCUCCUGAGUGACAACGUGUAUCGGACCCCUAUUGACAGUGUGAAGUACACCAGUGUUGUGGAUUCCCCAGAUGUUGUUCUGGCCAAAACCAACGCUGAACAGAUCAGCACUCAAAAAUAUAAAGAAGCCUGGGAAAAGGACAAGACUAUGAUCCACAUCAUGCCAGACACCCCUGAAAUCAACCUAGCCAAGGCUAAUGCUGUUAAUUACAGCCAGAAACAAUAUAAAGGAGCUUGGGACGAGUUGAAGAUGAACUACGAUUUGAGAGCAGAUGCAAUUCCAAUCAAGACAGCCAAGGCUUCUAGAGAGAUUGCCAGUGAUUACAAAUACAAGCUGGAGCACGAGAAGCAGAAAGGACACUACGUGGGAGUGCCGAACGCAAAGGGAGAUUCCAAAAUCCAGUUUGCCCUGGACGUGGCCAAAGUUCAGAGCGAACGAGAGUACAAGAAGUUCUUUGCCAAGCAGAAGACCCAGUGCCACCUGCCAGUGGACAUGAUGUCCAUCGUGUCAGCCAAGCACGGGCAGGCCCUGGUGAGCGACGCCGACUACCGGCACUACCUGCACCAGUGGAUUUGCCUCCCCGACCAGAACGAUGUCAUUCAUGCCAGGCAAGCCUACGACCUCCAGAGCGAUGCUGUUUAUAAAGCUGAUUUGGAAUGGCUGCGGGGAAUUGGAUGGUUGCCAAAUGAUUCCCUGGGAGUCAAGCAUGUCAAAUAUGCUGGAGAUCUCCUGAGUGAGAGGAAGUACCGCACAAAGGCUGAAACUCUCCCGUUCACUCCCGUGGCUGACAGAGUUGAUUAUGUCACAGCAAAGAAUAGCACUGAAAUCCUCAAUGAUAUUAAAUACCGCAAAGAAUGGAAUGAGGCCAAGACAAAUUAUACUCUCACAGAUACACCACAGCUGGACAUGGCCCGAGAGGCAGCCAGAAUUCUAAAUCAGAAUUUAUACAAGGAGAGCUGGGAGAAAGAAAAAGCCACUGGUUACCUCCUGCCUCCUGACACAGUGCAGAUCAUUCAUGCCAAGCACUCCAGUGAUGUCCAAAGUGAGCUGAAAUACAAAGCUGAGUAUGUCAAGCAGAGAGGUCACUACGUGGGAGUUGCCAAGAUGAGGGAUGACCCCAAGCUGGUGUGGUACGAGCACGCGGGCGAGAUCCAGAACGACAGGCUCUACAAGUCAGACUACAACAAAACCAAGUCCAAAAUCCACAUGCCUUCGGAUGCCAUGGCAGUUGUGGCAGCAAAGGAGUGCCAGAACUUGGUCAGUGAUGUUGAGUAUCGCCAGUACCUGCACCAGUGGACCUGCCACCCUGACCAGAACGAUGUGAUCCACGCUCGGCAGGCCUACGACCUGCAGAGUGAUAACAUCUACAAAGCUGAUUUGGAGUGGCUCCGUGGCUGUGGUUGGAUCCCUCUCGAUUCAGUGGAGCAUAAGAAGGUUAAGAAUGCACAAGAACUGAUAAACAAGAGAGCAUACACAAAAGAAGCCCUGGAGAACUUUUCCAAAUACACCAGUGUGGUUGACACUCCUGAGAUCACUUUGGCAAAGAUGAACUCUGUCAAUCAGAGUGAUCUAAAAUACAAAGAAACAUUUAACCAGGAGAAAGGCCAAUACAUUGGGUCUGAUGAUACUCCUGCUCUGCACCACGCCAAAGACAUGGCCUUGCUCCACAGUGAGAAACAUUACAAGAAGGCUUGGGAGCUGAGCAAGCCCAUUGGAUACUCUCUGGAUGAGAAAUACGUUCCACUUGUGGGAGCCAAACAUGCAAACCACAUCAACAGUGAGCGUAAAUAUAAGGAAAUAUAUGAGAAGCUGAAAGGCCAUUACCUGGCUGGGAAGGAUAUUAGUGAUUUCCCCAGUGUCAUUCACUCCCUGGAAUUCCAGAAAAUGAGGAGUGCGCUGGCCUACAGAAAGAACUAUGAAGACACCAAGAAGAAUGUGCAUAUCCCAACUGACAUGAUGAACCACGUCCUGGCCAAGAAGUGCCAGUACAUCCUCAGUGACCUGGAGUACCGCACCUACUUCCAUCAGUGGAGCUGCUCCCCUGAGGAGAACGAUGUCAUUCACGCCAGGAAAGCCCAGGAGAUCCUGAGUGAUUCUGUGUAUAAAGAUGACUUAAACUGGCUGAAGGGACUUGGAUGUUAUGUCUGGGAUACUCCACAAAUCCUACAGGCUAAGAAAUCCUAUGACCUGCAGAGCCAGAUAAAAUACACCUCUGCAGGGAAGGAGAACUUCCAGAACUUCAGCGUGGUUACAGACACCCCUGUCUAUGUGACUGCUCUGCAAAGUGCUGCCAAUGCCAGUGAUGUGAAAUACAAGGAGGAAUUCCACAAAACUAAGGACAAGUACACAACUGUGACUGACACAGUGGAUUCAGAAAGAGUUCAGAGUUUGAAACACCUCUACAGUGAUAAUCUCUACAAGAAGGCCUGGGAUAAAGUGAAGGCCACCAGCUAUGCACUGCCCUCAGAUACUGUGGCCUUGGCACGUGCCAAAGAACUGAAGCACAAUGCAAGCAUUGUCAAAUACCGUGAGGAAUAUGACAAGUUCAAAGCCCUGUACACCCUCCCCAGAGGUGUUGAGGAUGAUCCCAACACGGAAAGGUGCCUCAGAGUUGGGAAGCUCAACAUUGAUCGUCUGUACAAAGAGGCCUAUGAGAAGACCAAAGCCAAGGUGCACAUUGUCCCGGACAUGGUGGACAUCAUCUCAGCCAAGGAUGCCCAGAAGAAGAUCAGCGAGGUCGAUUACCGCACGCGGCUCCACGACUGGCUGUGUCUGCCAGACCUGCAGGUCAACACCCACGUGAGAAGAGUCACCGACCAAGUCAGUGAUGUGAUCUACAAGGAUGAUCUGAACUGGCUGAAAGGCAUUGGCUGCUUUGUCUGGGACACUCCUGAAAUCCUCCAUGCCAAGCAAGCCUAUGACCUUCGCAGUGAUAUUAAGUACAAAUCUAAGGCAGAAAAAAUGAAGAAGGACUUCACAGUGGUCACAGACACUCCUGUCUAUGUCCAGAAUGUGAUCAGUGCCUUGAAUUUAAGUGAAGCUGUCUAUAGGGGUGAUUACAAGAAGAAUGUCCAAGGCAAGAUGAUCCCCACUGAUAAAACAGUGGAUCUGGAGCGGGCGUACAAUGCAAACAAAAUACAGAGUGAGAAUUUGUAUCGCUGGGCUGGUGUGAAUGCUCUGCCCACUGGCUACAGCCUUCCCACGGACACUCCCAACUUCCAGCACGCCAAACACGCCCAGCGCAUCGGCAGUAAUCUGAAAUAUAAAGAAGCCUAUGAACACAUGAAAGCCAAGGGCUACACUCUGGGACCUCAAGAUGUUGGCUUUGAAAAUGUGAGGAAAGUCAAUCAAGUCAUUAAUGAGAGGCUGUACAGGGCCACCUACCACAAGAACAAGGACAAGAUCCACACCACCCCUGACACGCCCGAAAUCCGCCAAGUCAGAGCCACCCAGGAGGCUGUCAGCGAUCUGAUCUACAAGUCAGAUUUCUUCAAGAUGCAGGGCCACCUGAUCUCCCUGCCCUACACCCCUCACGUGCUGCACUGUCGCUACGUUGGGGACAUCACCAGUGACAUUAAAUACAAAGAGGACCUGAGGUGGCUGAAGGGCUUGGGCUGCUUCCUCUAUGACACUCCUGACAUGGUCCGUGCCCGUGACCUCCGCAAGCUCUGGUCUAAUUAUAUCUAUACAAGUACUGCCAAGAAAAUGUGGCCUAAAGUCCAGGUGGUGUUGGAUACUCCUGGAUACAGAGCAGUGCAGGAACUAAAAACCCAUCUGAGUGAGCUGGUUUACAGAGCUGCAGGCAAUGAGCUGAAGACAAAAUACACUUCCAUCCUUGAUACACCUGACUUCAUAAGAGCCAAGACAGGACAAAAAAUACAGAGCCAGUACUUGUACGUGGAGCUUGCCACGAAGGAGAGGCCUCACCAUCAUGCUGAUGGUCAGACUCCAGCCUUUGCACAUGCCAGGAAUGUCAAGGACAUGAUCAGUGAGAAAAAGUACAAAACCCAGUAUGAGAAGAUGAAGGACAAAUACACCCCUGUCCCUGACACCCCAGUGCUGAUCAGAGCCAAGAGAGCCUACCUGAAUGCCAGUGAUCUGCGCUACAAAGAAACCUUUGAGAACACCAAGGGCAAAUACCACACCGUGAAGGAUGCUCUGGACAUUGUCUACCACAGGAAGGUCACUGAUGACAUCAGCAGUGUGAAGUAUAAGGAGAAUUACAUGAGCCAGCUGGGAAUCUGGAGAUCCAUCCCAGACCGACCUGAGCACUUCCACCACCGCCUGGUCACGGAUGCCAUCAGUGAUGUUAAAUACAAGGAAGACCUGGAAUGGCUCAAAGGCACUGGCUGCUAUGUGUGGGAUACUCCAAGUUUUGUCCUGGCAGAGAAGAAUAAAGUGCUCUACAGUGGGUGUAAGUACAAGGAGAAUUUUGAGAAGACCAAGUCCAAGUUCAAGUACGUGGCUGACUCUCCAAGCAAUGAACAUUUUAAAUAUGCAACUCAGCUGGUGGAUAUGAAAAGCUAUAAAUCCUUUGCCAAGAUGCUCCUGCAGCACGGAUGCAAUGAAAUUCUGAGGCCAGAUAUGCUGACAGCACUCUACAACACAUACCUGUGGAGCCAGAUUCAGUACAAGAAGGACUAUGAGAAGAAGAAAGACAAAUACACCACGGUUCUGGACACUCCAGAGUAUUUACGGACCACGAAGGUCAACAAGCAGAUCAGUGACAUUAUUUACAAGCUGGAGUACAACAAAGCCAAGCCCAAGGGCUACACCACCAUCCAGGACACGCCGAUGCUGCUGCACGUGCGCAAGGUCAAGGACAGGAUCAGUGACCUGAAAUACAAAGAAAUGUAUGAGAGGAGCAAAUCUCGCUGCAACGUCGUGGCAGAUUCAGUUCACAUCAAAACUCCCAGGCACGCCUACAAACUGAACAGCAACCUGGAUUACAAGAAGAAAUACGAAGCAGCCAAAGCCCACUGGCACCUGAUUGCUGACAGGCCUGACUUUGUCCAAGCAGCCAAGUCCUCUCUGCAGCAGAGUGAUUACGAAUACAAACUGGACCGGGAGUUCCUCAAGGGGUGCAAACUCUCUGUCACAGAUGAUAAAAACACAGUGUUGGCCCUCAACAAUGCCAUCCUGGCCAGUGAUAUCAAAUACAAAGAGAAGCACAACAAAGCCCGUGGGACGUACCACGUUGUUCCGGACACGCCUCAGAUCCUGCUGGCUAAGAACGUCAGCUCUUUGGUGUCUGAGAACAAGUACAAAGAGCAGAGCAAGAAGCAGCUGCCCCAUGGCUCCUUCACCACCCUGCCCGAGACCAGGGACACUGUCCACGUCAAGGAGGUGACCAAGAACGUCAGCGAGACCAACUACAAGAAGAAGUUUGUGAAGGAGAAAGGCAAAUCCAAUUAUUCUGUCAUGCUGGAGCCUCCUGAGGUGAAACAUGCCAUGGAAGUUGCUAAAAACCAGAGCACAAUUGAAUACAAGAAAGAUGCCAAAUCCAAACUCCACUACACACCUAUAGCAGAUCGACCAGAUAUUAAGAAAGCAACUCAGGCUGCCAAGUUAAUCAGCAAUAUUGAAUACAAGAAGCGUGGAGCAGCAGGUGUGGGUGUGACCAUGCUGGGACGUCCAGACAUUGAGCUGGCCAAGGAGGUGUCCAAACUGACCAGCCAGGUGAAAUACAAGGAGAACUUUGCCAAAGAGCUGGGUAAAAAGCCCAAAUAUGAUUUGAAGGAGGCCAAAAUCUACAAGACCCUGAAGGAUGCCCACAACAUGGCCAGCGAGGUGAAGUACAAGGCAGACCUGAAGAAGCUGCACAAGCCCGUGACGGACAUGAAGGAGUCGCUGCUCAUGAACCACGUGCUGAGCACGAGCCAGCUCGCCAGUGCUUACCAGUACAAGAAGCAAUAUGAGAAGAGUAAGGGUCACUACCAUGUGGUGCCAGAUAAUCUUGAACAGGUUCAUCUCAGGGAGGCCUCAGAGCUCCAGAGCCACGUGAAAUACAGAGAAAAGUAUGAGAAGGAAAAAGGAAAGCCCAUGUUGGACUUUGAAACUCCCACAUACCUGACUGCAAAGGAAUCUCAGCUCAUGCAGAGUGAGAAAGAAUAUAAGAAGGACUUUGAAGAGUCCAUGAAGGGCAGGAACCUCACUGGCCUGGAGGUCACACCAUCCCUCUUGCAUGUCAAAUACGCCACCAAAAUAGCGAGCGAGAAAGAGUAUAGGAAGGAUCUGGAGGAAGGAGUCAAAGGGAAAGGACUGACAGCCUUAGAGGAGACUCCAGACAUGCUGAGAGCCAAGAAUGCCACUCAGAUCCUGAACGAGAAGGAGUACAAGCGAGCCCUGGAGCAGGAGAUCCGCGGGAAGGGCCUGACCGAGCUGGCGCUGGAGACGCCGGAUUUCGUGCGCGCCAGGAACGCCACCGACAUCGCCAGCCAGAUCAAAUACAAACAAUUGGCAGAAAUGGAGAAAGCCAACUACACCAGUGUUGUUGAUACUCCAGAGAUUAUUCAUGCCCAGCAGGUCAAGAACCUUUCCAGCCAGAAAAAAUACAAGGAAGAUGCAGAGAAGAGCAUGCCCUACUAUGUGCCCGUGGCUGACACACCAGAAAUGCAGAGGGUCCGAGAGAAUCAGAAGAACUUUAGCAUGCUUCAGUAUCAGUCAGACCUACAGAACAGUAAAGGAAAAGUCACAGUGGUUCAGGACACCCCAGAAAUCCUGAGGGUGAAGGAAAACCAGAAGAAUUUCAGCUCGAUUUUGUAUAAAGAAGACAUUGGAACUGGAACCACAAUUGAAAAGACCCCAGAGAUGCAGAGAGUUAAACGAACCCAGGAUAAUAUCAGCUCGGUGAAGUACAAGGAGAGCAUUGGCAAAGGAACUCCCAUUCCUGACCUGCCCGAGGUGAAGCGCGUCAAGGAGACCCAGAAGCACAUCAGCUCGGUGUUGUACAAGGAGGAGCUGGGGACAGGAACCCCCACCCCUGUCACCCCCGAGAUGGAGCGGGUCAAACGCAACCAGGAGCAGAUUAGCUCGGUGUUGUACAAGGAGGGUUUAGGGGCUGGCACUGCCACGCCGGUGACGCCGGAGAUGGAGCGGGUCCGACGGAACCAGGAGCACAUCAGCUCGGUGUUGUACAAGGAGAGCGUGGGGACAGGGACCCCCACUCCUGUCACCCCCGAGAUGGAGAGGGUCAAACGCAACCAGGAGAUUUGCAGCUCGGUGUUGUACAAGGAGAACAUAGGCAAAGCCACCCCCACGCCCGUCACCCCCGAGAUGGAGAGAGUCAAGCGCAACCAGGAGAUCAUUAGCUCGGUUUUGUACAAGGAAAAUGUGGGGAAGGUGACCCCGACCCCCAUCACCCCCGAGAUGGAGAGAGUCAAACGCAAUCAAGAGAUCAUUAGCUCGGUGUUGUACAAAGAGAACGUGGGGCAGGCGACCCCCACGCCCGUCACUCCCGAGAUGGAGCGAGUCAAACGCAACCAGGAGCAGAUUAGCUCGGUGCUGUACAAGGAGCACAUGGCCAAGGGAACCCCGACCCCGUUGACCCCAGAGAUGGAGAGAGCCAAACGCAACCAGGAGAACAUCAGCUCGGUCCUUUACUCUGACAGUUUCCGCAAGCAAGUCCAAGGAAAAGCCGCCUACGUCCUGGACACGCCGGAGAUGCGGCGCGUGCGGGAGACCCAGAAACACAUUUCCACUGUGAAGUACCACGAGGACUUUGAGAAGAGCAAAGGGAGCUUCACGCCCGUGGUGACCGACCCCAUCACGGAGCGCGUGAAGAAGAACAUGCAGGACUUCAGUGACAUCAGCUACAGGGGCAUCCAGAGGAGGGUGGUGGAGAUGGAGCGGAAACGCGUGGACCAGGACCAGGAGAACCUCACAGGGCUCCGGGUGUGGAGAACCAACCCCGGCUCCGUCUUCGACUACGACCCCGCCGAGGACAACAUCCAGUCCCGGAGCCUGCACAUGAUCUCAGUCCAGGCGCAGCGCCGCAGCCGGGAGCACUCGCGCUCCGCCAGCGCCCUGAGCAUCAGCGGCGCGGCCGACGAGAAAUCCGAGCCCUCGGACGGCACCGACCAGCGCCUGUCCUACUACAGCAACGGGGGCUUCUUCACCACCACGGCCACAGUGGGCUACAAGCAGGUCAAGACCAUUGAGCUGCCACAGCAACGCUCGUCCUCGGUGGCCACGCAGCAAACCACGGUGUCCUCGGUGCCUUCCCACCCCUCCACUGCUGGGAAGACGUUCCGGGCCAUGUACGACUACACGGCGGCGGACGCGGACGAGGUGUCCUUCAAGGACGGGGACACCAUUGUCAACGUGCAGGCCAUCGACGAGGGCUGGAUGUACGGCACCGUGCAGAGAACCGGAAAGACGGGAAUGCUGCCCGCCAACUACGUGGAGGCCGUGUGAGCCCAGCCUGCCCCGGGCUGGGACAGCUCCCUGGGGCUGGGACAGCUCCCCUGGGGAUGGGACACCAUCCCCAGGGAUGGGACACCUCCCCCAAGGGAUGGGACACCUUCCCCGGGGAUGGGACACCUU